GGUCAACAAAGUUAGUGAGGUUAAUGGUAUAUUUGCUAACUACCUCCCAACACUACGAUCGUUAUAUAUAAAAAUUUCCGUACAAGUGCAGCGGGUGGGACACCGAAUGAAGUGACUGAAGUGAAAGAAAAGAAACUUAAUUAAGUACGAGAGGAUGAAAUUAAUGAAACUAAGAAGUGAAAUAAGUGAACAGUGAAAUAAGAGGAAAUAAGCACCUAAGGUAGUGACAAGUGACAUAGUGAAAACAAGAAAAGUGCUGAGAAAGAAAUGCAUGAAGCUAUCCCUCGUCUCUUUUUAAUUGUCAUGAUGAUCAAAUGACAAUAUCAGUAAGAUAAAAUGAAAUGAAAUAAAACCAACGAUUAUUGCAUGACUCACCCCUAAAUCUUGCAAGGCCAUCUAAGAUAGAAUAAAUAACUAAAAAAACAAAGAAGCUGAUACAUAUAAGAAAAGUAUUGUGAAUUAUUCAGAGAGAGAGAGAGAGAGAGAGAGAGAGAGAGAGAGAGAGAGAGAGAGAGAGAUGUUAUCUAUAUGACAUACAGUGAAAACUCAAUGUGGUCUAACGUAAUGUUUACUUUCCUCACUAUUUCAUUCCACAGGCCACAGCCUACCCACACCCUAGCUGAGUUACCUUAUUUCAGAGUAAAAGCCCAACUGGCAACUCUCUUCACUCAGUCAGCUGAUCUUAGGUGUCAGCUGAUUUGUGUUUAGACUGAAUUUAGUUUAUAUUCGUAAAUUGCUUUGAGUGUCAAAAGGCCAUAACAGUACCAGGGCUAACCAGUACAAAAAAACAGGUCUAAAUUCGGAACAAUAAUGUGUGCGUAAAGGUUUAAUUACUGUGAGAACCAAGGUCUAGAAGGGAGUGGAUGCUGGUACCCUCACGGCCCCUGUGAAGAUUACUAUGUCCAAUGUCCCUACGUACCUCAAGCCACCUGCCGAAUACUAAGGCUUGCUGGACCUCCAAAAAGUCAUCAUGUCAGUCCACGAUCUGCCAUUUGAGACACUUGUCAACCUCUUCAAAUACCUUGGAGUGAGUGACCUGCUAGCAGCCUCAUCUGUCUCGCGGCUAUGGAGGGAUGCAGCAGCCAUCCUCCUGGCGGGGCGGGUCACUAUCAUGGUCACAGAUGAUGCUACACCUGCCGUUGAAACCUUCCAAGCCUCUGCCAUACCGUACCGCAACUGGGUGUUCAAGGAGGUUGACCUUACCCUGAAAGGCUCAUUUGGUGAGCUGUGGGAGAAAGUCUCAGCUGAAGUGCAGACCCUUAAGCUGUUGGGUGUGGGGAUCAACCAAAAGGAUUUUGUGCACUUGAUGCAGCAAUGUAUUACCCUAGAAGACCUGUGGCUAGAUGAUAUGAUGUACCUCCUUAUGCCAGAUAUUUCAGGUAAUCUUCUCAGCAACCCUGAGGAUGUGAAGGUGCUGUCUACUUCUCUCCGCAAUGUGACUCGGCUUCAUCUGGCUUGUUCCCGCUACCUCACUGACACUCUCUUUAGCCGCAUCAUCUCUGUUGUGGGCCCACUAAGAAAGCUAUCCUUGGCUGGAUGUCAAAUAUCCUUUCAUGAGUCUAUCCACAAGAGAUUCUAUCCUGAGGAUGGUAGAGUGGCAGUCUCAGACCAUGUCCUGACCUUCAAGCAUAUACUAAAAUAUAUAGAGGAGAAAGCCACCACCCUGAAAGAGAUCAGUCUUGGCCGCACACUGGUUGACAGUGAGAGCUUGUAUAAUCUAUCCAUUGUACCCAACCUACAUUUGGAGUCUGUGCAUUUAAUGUCUUGUGAUCAGCUGACCAAGAGUGGAAUCCAGCUUUUGUGUGAGAAUCAGAAGACCAUCACAGAUUUGGAUCUCAGCCUGUGUUCACGCAUCACAGACUAUGCUGUGCUGGCUGUCUGCCAACACCUGCCUCACCUCAAGAAACUCAACUUGCGCAGAUGUCGAGGCAUUACAGAGAAUGGUAUCAAAGCCCUGAGUCAGCUUAAGUAUCUGGAGGAAUUAAACAUUUCUCACCUGGAGGCUGUCAAUUCAGCGUGUGUGGAGGAGGCCAUUGGUAAAGAGGAACGAUCAACUCUUAGACUCCUGAACUUGGCAUCACUGUCCCUUGAGUGGAAGGUUAUUGCCAAACUGGCCACGGUAGCUCCUAAUCUGACACACCUUGAUGUAUCCAUGUGUGUAUCUGGUGUAAAUGACAGAAGUAUACAGGCCUUGUGUAAAUCCCUGAUGAAGCUCCAGAUCCUCAACAUGAAUGGCUGCACAGUGGUGUCAGACAUUGGCCUAGCUGGGCAUGGCUUAGGCCAGGCUGAGCCAUCCAUGGAAAGCACGACAAACCUAUCACUUGAGAGCCUAGGUCUUAGGGAGCCAGACCCUCUGAAGAUCCAGCUGGGCCUCAAGGCAGAGAAGACCAUCCGUCAAGAAGCUGAAGUCGCCAAAUAUUUGAGUGAAAAUAUUCAGCAGAUUGACAUUGCAACUGAAUUUGGCUUAUCAAAUCUUAAGGGACUGCAGGAGCUUAACCUGUGUGGGUGUAAAAGGCUGACAAACAUCACUCUGGUCCACGCCCUCAGGUUCCAAGAGUUGCACUACCUCAAUCUCUCUUACUGCCAGGGGAUGGGAGAAUCAGGACUGCAGUGCAUGGCCCAGAACUGUCCAAGUCUGGAAGUGUUGAUGCUGGCUGAAUGUGGACAGACGAGUGACCAGGUGGUUCUUGUCAUCACUCAUUUUCUGAAGCGAAUCAAGACACUGGAUCUGCAGGGCUGUACCAAGCUGACAGAUGAUGCACUGGACAGCCUCAGCAGCUGCCUCACCCUGCAGUAUCUGGACGUGAGCAACUGCUUCAGGAUGAGCCUGGAAAUGGUGAGGGUGGUGCAGGAGAGGAAUCCGCGCCUCCUCAACUUACAUUACCGAGGCAUCAAGGAGAAGAUCCCUGAGGAGAAGAUUGGUGAGCAGCCCUGUGCACGCAGGUCACCCUCUCGCAUCCCUCCACCACCCCCAAUCCUCUCCAAGUUAAAAAAGAAAGCUCUACGUAGAUAAUGCUGCUCUUUCGUAGAUACUGUUGUUCAAGAAUAGUUUGUCUUUAUGUAGAAAUACAAAUUUUUUUUCCUAAAACAUGCUGUGCAGUAUGGGAAAUUACCUAAGUAUGUUAGGUAUAUACAUACUGUGAUUUGAUCCUUCCAGUGUUGUUUGAGUGGCAUUUCUAUUUUCUCUUUUUAAUGGUUAACUUGUUUCAGAUUUUUCAGAUGCAGUAUUUAGUGCCUGAAAUUAGUAGGCAAGUAAAAAAAAGUUUAAAGAAGUGUGGCUUGUUGCAGUAUUUAAUAAAUUGAUGCUGUUUUAGUUUUUAAUCUUUUAAGAAAUUUUACUGAAAAUUAAUAAUUUUAUCAGACAGUUAUAAAAAUUUCAUGAUAUAUUGCUGCCAGAAAAAGGCAAUAAUUUAAAAGAUUAACAAGGCUGCUUCUGUGUCUAUAAUUACAGGUCUCUUUAUACAUGUAUAUGUGUUGAUUUUUUUUUUUUCCCACUAAAAUCAGUUAAUGUAUUAAAGCACCCUUAUGCUUUUCAAAACAAGAGCAGGAAAAAAUCUGUAGUUUAAAUGUAUGAGCUUUAUUUUUUUUCAUAAUAUGUUGUGUUGAAAUUAUUUGGAAAAGAAUAAUAGUUUCUUACCUUGAAGGUCUUGAAGCAGACAGUUGGUCAUGAUGAUGAAGAAACAAGAAGAAAUUCCCAAGCAAAGUAGGAACAGAACAACAUUCCAUCAUCUUCAACUGAAAUACAAGCUGCUCAGUGAGAAUGAUGCAUGAUAAUGCAUAUAAUUGACAAAGUAUAAAACUAAAUUCUGUUAAUGCAAUUUUAGAACAAAGUUGACUGAACAUUAUGAUAAUGUUGAAGUUUGUCCUGAGCAGCAGAGGCUUCCACAUUAUAGUACUUCAUGGGGGCUGUGUAUUUAAGCAGACCUUUAGAGAAAGGAAACAAGAAUUGAAAGUCACUAAUGAGAGGAUUCUUUUGGUUGAUUGUUUUGUUUGCAUAAUUUUAUUACUCAAAAGUUGUACUGUAGAUUCACAUCAUACUUUUCAAUAAGGCAUGUGUCUGAUUUAAAGGUAAAGUGAUGGUCUGGCUGUACACUGUGGCUGGGUGUGAAGAAAACUGCCAUUUUAUUUGCUGUGUGCUUGUAAAGGCGACUGAAAAAGAGACAGUAAACAGACUGGGGAGAUCUCACAUUAUUUUCAUUUAUGGUGAGAUGGAUGUAAACUGUCUUAGUUAUCCAUGAUGAAAGAGAAUAUCAGUCAGGUGUGAAGAUGAAAAGGUUGAAAAUAAAGGUAAUCAUAUUUUGGGUACAUGAAAAGCAAAAACUUCAAAUUUACUAGAAAAAAAAUGAGUAUGAAAUUGGAAGAAUACUUGUAUAAGGCAGAUAAUACAUAAGACUUCCAUGAAGACAGAAAGAUAGAAAUAAUAAUGUCUUUACAUGUCACACAUGUAAAUAAUUUGAAUUCUUAGUGCAUUUUUUCCUCUCUGGGAAUAGAUAUCAAAACAUAUCCCUUAUCCAACUCUCCUGUGUCCACAUAUACAUUCCAAGUAUCCCAGAGGGCAAGAGAGCAUUUGUAAUGUAAUGCAAAACUGAUACUGUUAUUGUGAAAGAAUGUAAAGAAAAGAUAGGCUAUAAGAGAAGGUAAGAAAGAGCGUAACAAUGUUGACAUAUGAGUAGUAGGAUGGAUAGAAGAUAGUAACAGAAGUAAAGUUAAUAUUGGAAAGUGAAAAGGAAUAUAAAAAAUUAAAAAAUAGUGGAGGGUUGAACCAUUGAUGAAAAUGGAUUAAAUAUAUUGAAACUAUGGAAAAAAAUGUCAUUUUUGUUCAUGAGUUACCAGGGUGAGAGGGCAAGAAUAAGAGGUGAUCCCAAUUUGAAUGCAAAGGUGCAAGAGGGUAGAGUUCCAAUGAAAAGAAAGUGGAAGAAGCAUUUAGUCUCACAUAUUUAAAUAUUGAAAGAAGCUGUGUUAAACUGAAGUCAGGGAAGAGACUAAAAGUGUAUAGCCUAAAGACUGUAAAGAAAGAAAUAGGUGGAUGAUGAUUCCACUGAGUAAAAUUAGAGUGUACGAAGUCACCAAGGUUCAAUAAGAUGAUAUCAAAGUAACACAGAAGAGAUUACUGUAUUAUAGAAAUAAUUCAAUGUAUGCUAAAACCAGGAUGUGAUACUUAGAGACUGGUAGAAGGCACGAUUGAUAUUGAUGUACAGAUUUAGAGAAAACAAGAUGCAUUGUAAAAAUUACAUGAGAAUAUGCUAACUUAGCAUACUAAGAAACAUUUAUAGUUUGAGUUCAAUGAAAGAGUUAUCAAGAUAAUGAAUUUCCAAAAUGGAAGAAAAGAGGGUAGUUUCAUGAGGGGACCAUGGUUAGUGUUUUGAAUGGAGUGUAGUAUAUGUUUGAGAAUACUUUCUUAGAAAAAUAAAUAAAAUUGUAUAUGCUAUUUGUAGACCAGCAGAAAACACACGAUGAAGUCAUUACAAAUACAUUUUGGCAAUUGUUUUCAUAUGAAUGAAAUAGGUAGAAAAUUACUAAGAUCUUUGGAAGGCUUCUAUAAGAAAAAUACGAAAUGCAUAGAGAAGUACUUUCUUGUAUAGGUUAGUCUUAGACAUUUCUCAGUGAUAAUUCAUCUUUAUGGAGGUGAAAGGUAGGAAUGUUUUAAAGGAUCAAAGACUAAGGAAGAGGAGUCACUUGUUAUGUAUGAUAUAGCUAUUGUAGACAAGGGAAAAGCUGCAUAGUCUAGUCACACAUACUUAGGAGGUGAAAGCAACAAAGUGCAGAAAUGAGAUGGAACAGAGAAAGGAGUAAGAGGUGCUGACAUGGACAUGGUUCUAAAUACCAGAGGAAAAAGCUAGUCAAAUUAUUGGAGUGAUGAGGGAAGUUAGGAAAGGAAUUUUUGUCUGUGACAGCAAUAACUGGUAUGUUUAAGGGAACUAUAGUGUCGGGUUUUGUAUGCCUGAGAGAUAUGAGUACUUCAGAUGACAUGCUGAGAAUAAAAUGCUUUAGAAAACUGUCAGAUGCAGGAUUGAUAGGAUGUAGAACAAACAAAUAAGAGUGUUGUCCUGGAGAGAUCAGACUAGUGAUAUCUUGAUGUAGUUAUAAGGAAAAAAACAAGAAGAAAAAAGAAUAAUUAUGAUAGUAUAAACAUCCUAAAUAGAAAAGAUGUAUGAAUGAAGUGAAAAUCAUUCAUUUUGUAUGCCUGAGAGAUAUGAGUACUUCAGAUGACAUGCUGAGAAUAAAAUGCUUUAGAAAACUGUCAGAUGCAGGAUUGAUAGGAUGUAGAACAAACAAAUAAGAGUGUUGUCCUGGAGAGAUCAGACUAGUGAUAUCUUGAUGUAGUUAUAAGGAAAAAAACAAGAAGAAAAAAGAAUAAUUAUGAUAGUAUAAACAUCCUAAAUAGAAAAGAUGUAUGAAUGAAGUGAAAAUCAUAAAGGAAAUAGAGAGAUAGAGUUAAGAAGGUCUAGAGAGUGAGUGUAUGGAACAGAGUGAUUUAAUGUAAUGUGAAUAUAUUUUAGAGAAUUAGAAAAUUUUUAAAGUUUCUAACAUGUAGGUAGAGGCUGCGUAAUGGAUUAAGUUGAUGAAUUAUUCAUGAAUGUAAAUUACUCAUAAAUGUUCUUAGGUAUUUUCUACUUUUAUUGUCUGUUACCCCCACUUGUUUAGAAGAAUGCCAAAUGAAUGAAAAAAAAUAAUGUCCAUUUAAGAUGCACAUAGUAACAUGCACACUAAAGGAUGUGUCAAAAGUAAGCUUGCAGAAUGUAGUAACAAUUUCCUUGAUCUCAGUCACUGCAGCUGUUUUCCACUCUGUAGUAGCUGUGUGAUUACCAUGUGUGGGCUGUAAUGGGACACACCUGCACAGUGUGGUAUAGGUAUCAAACUGUUGAACAAAUUAUGUUGAUGUUAACCAGUCAUGACAUUAAGAAUAGCUGUGUGUGUUAUGUGAAAUUUGGUGUAAAGAAAUAUAUGUGGAAGUAGAGAGAAAAGGGGAAAGUAAAAGUGUGUAUGAUUUUGUAGGUAAUUCAUGAACAAAUGAAUCAGGUGGAGAGAAUGAGGUUUGUAAAUUAAUCAGAUUAAUUAAUGCUCAGAAAAGAACACUUCUGAGCAUUACAGGCAUCAGUGUGCCAUCUCUUGUUAUGUACAUACAUUCUUUUGUUAAUAGUAUAUUCAAAUAUAUAUUAAUAUAUUUUGGAAUUGGAGAGUUCGAAAUAAAUAUUUUAAAUCUGUUUAAAA